AUGCGACACUUCGGAACUAUCCAAAUGUUAAAAUGGCCGUUAAAAAUUCGAACUGGAACCAACGAAGAAAAACGUUUGUCAACAUAUACCGAUUUAACAACAAUUGAAUGUAUUGGCACAAAAUUAUAUCCAUAUAUUAUCAAAUAUUAUGGAUCAAUCAUUGAUACAAUUGUUUCAGCAUUGAAUUUUCUCAAAUACCAUCGUAUUCUUCAUCGAGACGUUAAACCACAGAAUAUACUUGUCAAUCGACAAUGUCAAUUUAAAUUAUGUGACUUUGGUAUUUGUGGUAAUUUUACCAAUUCAAAGUCGGUAACAUCAUCAAUCAAAGGUACAGAUGUCUACUUGCCGCCAGAACGAAUGAAAUAUAAUGCUGAACCGUAUGGAAUUCGUUCUGAUAUUUGGGCACUAGGUAUCACUAUUGUUGAAAUAGUGAAUGGAAAGCAACCAUUUUUAGGUCUCUCAUAUAUCGAAUUGGCUGAUCUAAUUCAAACAUGGACACCUAAUAUUGAUGAUAAACUGAUAUCGUUUGCUUUAAAAGAACUUAUUCUCUAUCUAUUAAAAACAGAUUAUAAACAGCGCCCGAAGUCGUAUGGCGAAAUACUUGAAAUACCAGUUUUACAAAGUGUUCAUAUAAUACCGUCAAACGAUGAAAUGAAUUAUAUUAAAAAAAUUAUUGAUAAUAUUGGUUCCUGA